AUGAGCUCGCGACAAGAUCCUCGAGUCGAAAGAUUGCUAGAAAAGACGACAUUAGAAAACCUGUUCAAACUCUACUUUCAACGGAUUUAUGGAAAAGAAGAGAUACAAGAAAUGGAAAACGCGCUAAAAAACGCAUUGAAGAAGUAUGAAAAGAAAGAAGACGUUUUUCAGGUUUGUUUAUAUAUUAUUUAUAUAUUAUGUUGCAUUUUAGAAACUUUGGGAUAACAAAGAGAAUGAAGCAACCCCGUUACUCAAUGAAUGUUUGGAUUCGAUAUGCGAGGUAAGUGGUUUUUAUAACGAUUAAAUCAGUAUUUAUUAUUUUAGAAAACGUUCAAUUCGGGAAAGAGCCACACUCCGGAAAGCCUAUUAACAUUAUCAAAAUUGUUCAUCAAAGUCGGGGAUUUUCGCCUUGCUUGCGAAGUUAUUUGGUGUAGUGCGUCUAUCUCAAUUCAAGGUAAUUUUAAUUUCUUAAUAUUUAUGCAAUGUAUUCGUUUUAAGAGUUUAUCGCGGAUCGCCAGCUGAAGGUUUUGCUCCACUCGCAUAACGCCAAGAGACGCUUCGCGUCGGCGCUCUCGCGUGAUAUCGGACGUCGUUUUUCCGUGUUCGAAGUGUAAGUGUACAAAUUGUAGUCCAUUUUUCUGUGUUUUAUUUGUUUCAGGUGCCACUCCUCUUUCUAUACAAAUAGUCAUGGUGCUCUCGACGUGAAGGAUGCGUUCGGAGAUGCGACAGAAUUUAUCCAAAAGCUUCGGGAGUUGCAAAUAACUGAUGAAUUGAAGAAGGAAUUGGAGAAAAAAAACUUCAAUAUUUAG